GUGUGAGGGGCAAUUCUGUCUACAGGAAGAGGGCCCGUAGCGGCCCGCUGCCUUGUCAGCCAUUCCCGCUGGAGCUCCAGCUUCGCGUCGCUUAAGUGGACGCGACGUAAUGGAAUAGACAAUCUCCCUCUGCAGUACCGUGCCAGUCUUGCAGGUUUGGUCCUUUGCUUUCCUGACUCAACUUGGCUUUGCGACAGUUCUUUCCAUGAGUCAAUUGACGCCGCGCUUCCCCCUCUUCUUCGUCCAAACACGAUCUAUGUCGCUGCUCCAAUUGGCAGUGUGAUGCUACCCAAUCCGCGAAACAUAGUCCCUAAAGGAGUAUAGAGGCUAGGCUUUUGUGGUUAAGUCUUGGUCAUAGAUAUACGUCUACAGUCUUACUCUUCUACCUACAUUGGCAUGUUCAAGUCGGCUAUCAAAGGUACAGAACGUGGACCAUCCACCGCUCGCUACGUACAAGAACUGGGUCAAGCAAAGGAAAACAAACUUGCACUAAAUUUUCGACAUCUUCCAACUCAUCACCUAGCCUGAUCUCACUGCUCCAUAAUUUUUUUUGGAGGUCUUCCACCAGCGCAAAUCUCCCCAACGUGGAGGCCCCUUGCUUCACUACCGUUGCCACCGAGCAGACGUCAAUUAAUUUCUCAUUCUUCCAUCUUCCCUUGUUACAACUGUCGGGUUCGUCUUCUAUUCGCACUUUUUUCUGUCUUCGAGACGCCCUCUACUACGUAGGAGACUCGCCUUGAGAACUAUGAAGACUGCCGUUAUCAGCGCCUUAUUCGGCGCUGCCGUCGCCGCCUCCGCCUCCGAUGCUGCGACACCGGGCUCCGACGCCGAGCACUCUUGUUGUUCUGCGCUAGCCACCCAUGAUGCGCUGCAAGGCAAGGUCCUCGGCCCCGACUCGGAUGCCUACAAUGCGCGCCUAAAGACAUACUAUUCCGCCAACGCUGCGCAAAAGGCUUGGUGCAUGGUCCUCCCUCAGAGCACUGCUGAUGUACAGGCGCUUGCACAAAUCAUCAGUUCGCAUGAUUGCCCAUUUGGAAUCAAGGCUGGUGCUCACUCAGCCUGGAAGGGAUCCAAUGGCAUCAAGAACGGUGUCACCGUCGACCUCGGCUACAUGAACCAGACCACAUACAACCAGGCAACAAAUGUCGUUUCUAUCCAGCCUGGUUCGCGAUGGGGUCCUGUCUACGAGACCCUCAACCAGUACAACGUCACGACAGUUGGUGCGCGAACAUCCGUUGUGGGCGUCGGAGGCUUUACUACUGGUGGUGGUUACUCGUUCCAUAGCAACGCUCAUGGCUUGGCUGCUGACAUGGUAGUCAACUGGGAGAUUGUGCUUGCCAACGGCACAGUUGUAAACGCCAACAAGGAUGAAAAUGCAGACCUUUGGAAAGCCCAAAAGGGUGGAUCCGGAAAUCUGGGUUUCGUGACGCGAAUCGAUCAAGAGGCCAUCCCUGGCACUCUUCUCUGGGGCGGCUUCACCCAAUACCAUCUCAAAUACACCGAUGCCGUCUUUAACGCAUAUCUCAACUUUACCGAGCACACCGAGCCCAACACGGCUGACCAGAACAUUGUGGCCCUCUUCUACGACAAGAUCAAUGGCACUGGUGCAUACGCCAUCCGCUCCAUCCUCACCAACGCCGACGGUAUCGCCAACCGAUCUGUCUUUGACGAAUAUCUCUCGAUCCCCAACCUAGGCAGCACACUGACUGUUGGCCCGGAGUCUGAAAUCAUCCCACAGUUCACUGGCCCUACACCCCUGGGUCUCUAUGCCAACUGGUUCACAGGCAUGGCAACCAACUCCAUCGAGUCGCUAAAGUCUAUCGACGAGCUACACAAGAAAUAUGUACCCUUGAUGGAGGCCGCUGCGCCCGAUGCCACCUUCAACACACUUAUCGAGUUCCAACCCGUUACGGACACCAUGGUGGCCAAUGGUAACAAGCGUGGUGGCAACAUCAUGGGCAUGGAGCCUCUUGUCGAAGGCGGUCCCUCACUCAUGUGGCUCCUUUCGCUUACCGUGGACACUGAGGAGCACCAAAAUUCCAUCCUGCCUAUUGCGCGCCAAUUCAUCGACGCCAUCAACGACAAGCAGCGCGAGCAAAAUACGUUCCUGAACUGGAUCUACCUCAACUACGCGUGGGAGGACGAGGCUCCCUUCAAACACUACGGUCAGAAGAAUAUUAAGCUUCUUCACGACGUGUCGCGCAAAUAUGAUCCUCGUGGUGUCUUCCAGAAACUGCGCCAGACAGGCUUCAAGCUUGCGACGCCCCGAUGCCCAAAGGCAUAGACAUCAACAUAUAGUCACUAUAGACUAUUACAAAACAAAGCACCCAUAAUGAAUGAGUAAGAACAAAUUUAACAUUAUUUUCCCUAGAUAUAUUCAUUUUCUAGCAAAGCAUGUAUAUAGGUAUAGCACAUAGUUUUAGCUUGCAUUAGAUGCAUCUAUAUAUCCGCAACGGCCCAUGCAGCUGCAGCAACCCCCUAUUUGGCAUUUCGUCCCCGUCCAACCCAAUACGCAAGGAAAAGAAAAUGCCAAAUAAAAUUUUCUCCCACCUCUUCCAUCUAUUUUAAUUCCUUGGCUGUUGUUUCCGUAUUUCCCUUUACGCUGACCGUGGCUUCCAUUUACCGAUAGCCAGUGUUCCCGAAGCAGCACCGA